AUGGACGUUGACGAGUAUACAGCUUGGAUUGGAUUUCCAAGAUAUAGUCAGGAGUAUGUGAAUGGGGUAAAAGCUUUCCUGGAAAAUGCCUUCCCCAUUUUUUGCAAAGGGGACGAAAUGAAGUGCCCGUGCAAAAAUUGUGUCAAUCGAACGUGGCAUAAUCGAGAGAUUAUCUUUGACCAUCUAAUUUGCAGCGGGCCUUCCCCUUUACAUCUCAAAUGGAUUUGUGAGGUUUCACAAAGUAAAUUAAGCCGUGCUAAUGAUGACUACAUGGACUGUGGUACGGGGAUGGAUUUUGAAGACAAUCUGGAAGAGAUGUUCAGAUGUACCGGUAAAAGAUUUGAUAAUGUGGAAGAGAACAAUGAUGUGCCAAAUGCAGAGGCCACAAAGUUCUAUCGCCAUGUGACAGAGGGGAGACAACAAUUAUAUCCCGGAUGCACCAAAUUUUCGCGAUUGAGUUUCAUAAUUAGGCUUUAUCACUUAAAGUGUGCGCAUGGAAUUACAGAAGCUGCCUUUGGGGAAUUACUAAACCUUAUUAAAGAGGCUUUUCCUACUGCCCACUUACCUUCUUCCUUCAAUGCGGCAAAAAGUAUUAUUAAGGAUUUAGGUCUCGACUACCACAAAAUACACUGCUGCCCAAACAAUUGCAUGUUGUUUUGGGAAAAUAACAAAGAUAAAGAUGUCUGUGAUAAUUGUGGUGCUUCGAGGUGGGUUGUACGUGAAAAAAAUGGCAAUGAAGCUAAUAAUGAUCCUGAGAAAUUGAUACACAAAGUGCCAGCAAAGGUGUUGAGGUACUUUCCACUAAAACCAAGGUUGCAGAGGUUGUUUAUGUGCAAGGAUUAUGCUAAACUAAUGACGUGGCAUGCAACGGGACGGAAAAAAGAUGCGAAACUAAGGCAUCCAGCUGAUGCCAAAGCUUGGAAGACAAUGGAUUCGAAGUAUCCUGAUUUCGCAUCAGAAUUGCGAAAUGUUAGGUUGGGUGUAGCAGCGGACGGCUUUUGCCCCUAUCGUUCGAUGACUCUAAGCCAUAGUACAUGGCCAAUUAUAUUGGUUAAUUACAACCUCCCACCUUGGUUAUGCAUGAAGCAAGAAAAUUUAAUUCUUUCCACGUUAAUAUCUGGCCCUAGUUCUCCGGGGAACUCUAUUGAUGUGUUCAUGCAGCCUUUGAUUGCGGAGCUAAAAGAAUUAUGGGAUGUUGGCAUCGAAACGUAUGAUGCAUUUUCUGGUGGGAAUUUCAACUUACGUGCAAGUGUAUUGUGGACGAUAAGCGACUUCCCGGGAUAUGCUAUGUUGUCGGGGUGGAGCACCAAGGGAAAACUUGCAUGUCCCGAAAUUUCUUUGUCCUACACAUAA